AGCUGGUUGAUGCUCCUGGAAUGAGUGAAAACACAACACUCACAGAAAUAGUGAGAGACUGUGUCAAAGGAGUAUUGCAGCUCAUUAUCUAUGUGCUGGAUGGUAAUAAUGGCUUUCGACUAGAGGACCAGAGUGUAUUGGGGUCCUUGUAUGACAUUGCCCCCGAUCUCUCAAUCUUCUAUGUUUGUAACAAAAUAGAAACGAACCUAUCAGCGAGCAGAAUGGACAUGGCAUCAGAUGAUGAAGACGAAGAUGAUGCAUCAGAAAACCCUGAAGAGAAGAAAUUGCGCGUGUUUCAAUCACUGGUGGAUUAUGGUUUCAUAAAUAGCAGAGAAAAGAUGAAGGAUUGUCGUUUCUUUCAUGGGAUAUCAACCAGAGAAAUCAGUCGAGAAAGACGGCGUGGUGAGACUGGAAAGAAUUACAGUAAAGCCUUUGAUGUAAUGAAGCAGGACUUUAUGUUUUUUGCUGGUCAGAUGUUACAGGGCCACAUGUUACAUGCCACUAACUCCCUCCUACAAGCACAGAUACACUGUUUUGAAUUCUUUAUCUUAGAUGCCCUACGUCAAGGUAUCCCAAAUGUCACAAAAGCAGAGGAGCUUGGGCUUAUGAUUGAAGAACUACGAAACAAUAGGGCACGUCUACACAAAAAUGCCAGGUCGGCGCUUGACGCAAGAAAGGAGCGCAUUGGAAAAGUAAUUAAGAAUGCAAUUGAGGGGAAACAAGACGAAAUUCUACUGGCAGUUCAAAACAUGAAGUACAGUCCGGUUAGAGUUGGGGAAACCGUUAAUAGGAACGAAAUGGUUGAACAGUUACAAAAUCAAGUGCAACGCCUGGUAGUGAUGAAGAUUACACAAGCUGUCAAAGAAAGUUUGCAGCCUGAAAUCGAGGCCCUGGUGCAAGAAAUGACUAAAGCAGGUGAUCAACAACUGGAGGUGUUGAACCAAACAGCAUGGGAAGGUUUCCGCAACAUAUUGACUAGUUUGACUUUCUCUUUAUCAGUACCCAAGUUCUCAGGAUUAUUAAAUUUAACUAACAUAUCGUGGAGCGUUGCCCGUCAGUGGAUGGUUAAUGAUCUUCCAAGUAAGAUUUCUGCAAAGUGGAAAGGAGCAGUAGUCGAUACCAAAUGGAGGUAUAAGAUUGCCAAGGAAACAAUGGAACGCUUGAAUUGUAAGGAGAUGACAGAAAUUGUAUGCAAAGAAAUUAGGUCGAAGAUAGACAAGUUUUUCAAUGAUCUUCACAAAGAAAUCUGUCGCAUUGAAACACUGAAUAAAGCCAGCAAGAUGCAGGAGGAUAAGUCACGCAAAGUUGCUGCUGAUAUUGCAAAGGAGCUAUGCCAAACUAUCUUUGCCGGCAUGGUCGCCUGGUUUUAG